AUGGCUCGGAAAAAGGGAAAAAGUUUCGGACAAGGAAAACGCGCCGGUUUUCAACGCGAAGAAAUCGUUUUUGAAAACGAGAAAUUUGAGUCUUACUAUGCUGUUCAGAAUCUGUUUGCUCAUAAAGAGAGUCCGGAACAAGAAUAUAAACUUCUUAUUGAGUUUAUGAAGAAGCAACUUCCUACAACUUUUCGAAUUUCUGGAUUUCGGAAACACGCUGUGGAAUUAAAGAAACACUUUGAAAAGUACUACGUCCCGGACUUACAAAACGUUACUUAUGAAGGCCAAAACAUCCCUCCUCCACAAGUCCUCUCUUGGUACCCAGAUGAUUUGGCUUAUAUGAUUGAUGCUCGUAAAGAAACCAUUCGUAAAAGCCCUCCUUUGAAACGUUUGCAACGUUUUCUUGUCUGCGAAACAGAGGCUGGAAACAUUAGUCGCCAAGAAGCGGUUAGUAUGCUUCCCCCUCUGUUCCUUGACUUUGAGCCUCAUCAUGUUGUCUUGGAUAUGUGUGCUGCCCCGGGCUCAAAAACAGCGCAACUGAUUGAAGCAAUCUACAAAGAUCCUAAACGUGCUCAGAUGCUUGUCCACCAAAUUAAUCGACUUAACUCUCCUAACGUUCUUGUCAUUAAUCACGAUGCCUCACAAAUGCCUAAUAUCUACGUAGAAAAGAAAGAGGCCGCUGAUGGCGAAAAAGAAAUCCUUAAGUUUGACCGAAUCUUAGCUGAUGUUCCUUGCUCGGGCGAUGGAACAUUCCGUAAAAACUUGAUGCUCUGGAAGGAAUGGAGCCAAAGCAGUGCUCUUACUUUGCAUAACUUGCAGCUGAAAAUUCUUAUGCGUGGUUUGCAAAUGCUGAAGGUUGGCGGUGUACUGGCUUACUCAACUUGUUCCAUGAAUCCUAUUGAAAACGAAUCCGUGGUUGCCGCUGCACUUAAGUCGUGUGGUGGCUCCGUUCAGCUUUUGGAUGUUUCCGACAAGAUGCCUGAACUUCUUCGUGAACCCGGACUCUGUAACUGGAAGGUUAUGGAUGAACAAUUGAAGCAGUAUGCGGAAUACAAUGACGAUGCUAAAGCAGCAAAGUUAUGUCCGACCAUGUGGCCCCUUCCCAUUAACGAGAUGAAAGAAUAUCAUAUGGAAAGAUGUGUACGCUUAUAUCCUCAGCUUCAAAACACCGGUGGCUUUUUCAUUGCUUUGUUACAAAAGACGGAGGUUCUUGGUCGUGAACCUUCUACCGCUAGUCCAAGCUCCGACAAAAAGCGUGCGGUUUCUGAAGAUUCAGAAAACGCAUCUGAAACGAAGCGUGCCAAAACAGCUGAAAAUAAUACUUCCUUGGUACCCAAGAAAACCAUCGCUGGUAAUACCUACUUUGAUGAAGAGCCUUUCACUUACAUCAAACCUGAUUAUGAAGAGUUGGACAAAAUAAUGAACCACUACGGAAUUGAUUCUUCUUUUCCUCGUGAUCAGUUUUUCGUCAGAAAUCAAACUGGAAUACCAGUUCGUUCUAUUUACUUUGCUUGCAAGCUUUUUAAGAAUGUCAUCGAGAGUAACAUAAAUCGUGUCAAGUUUGUUCACGGUGGUGUUCGGUUUUUCGUAAAGCAAGAUGUGAGCAACACGCUUAAGAACAGUGCUGCAGAGAUCCAAACUGAUGUGUGCAAUUUCCGGAUUCACAGUGAUGCUGUGAACAUUAUCUAUCCUUAUUUGAAUGGACGCCACAUUUAUGAUGCCUCUGUUGAAGAUUUGCGCACACUUAUUGAUAACGACUAUCCUCAUUUGGCACAAUUUCCUGAAAAUGGUACACUCAGUAAGAAAUUCGAAGGAAUGUCUUAUGGUUGUAACAUUGUUCGCGUUGAAGCCUCUGAAUCAGUGGGCUGCCAAAUCAACAUGCAGAUUCUCUGCCCAAUCUGGCGCAGUCCUAGCAGUUGCAAUCUCAUGCUUGCUAGAAAGGAGAAAGAAAAUUUGGCUUUAGAGCUUUUUGGAAAGUUGAAAUAA